AUGUUGUUGUGUCAAACUACUCCUACUACUACUUCAAGUACUACCAAUUCAAUUCUUGAACAAGAAUCAAUUGUUCCUACUACAAGUACUUCAAGUUCAUUGAGUUCUAAUAAAAAACCAAGAUCGAAUAGUUUAGAAACUAUCUCAUCUAAUCCAAAACGUACUCGAAAUUCAAUUCUUGAAGAAGCUGCUAAAAACAGUACCAUUAACACUUUUACACCACCUACUAGAUCUUCAUUUUCUAUUCCUAAUCAAUUAAAUAUUUCAAUUGAAAAGGCAAGUUUGAAAGAUUAUCGUAGAGUUGCUAAAACUUUAUUACUUGCAUUUGAAGAUGAUCCAUUUACAAAUUUCAUUCUUAAUACUACUAAAUAUAAUAAAUCAACUACUCUGGAAAAUACCUAUAAAAAGAAAAAAUUAGAUUUAAUGUUAUCAUAUUUUGAAUAUUCAGCUUAUGAUUGUUUAUCUACUGAAGGUACUGUAUUUAUUAUUAAAGAUAAUAAUUUUGAAAAAUCAUUAAAUGAUUUUGAUAUUAAAAAUACUGAUAAAUUUCCUUAUUUAGGAGUUGCAUUAUGGAAUCAAAUUUAUGGUCAAAAAAUAAGUGAUUCAAGUUCAGGUUCAGAUUCCGAUUAUGAUGAUGAAGAUUAUUUUGCACCUGAAUCGUCAUCAAUUUUUAAUAAAUCAUUAUUAAAAUUUAAUCUUAAAGCAGUUAAAGGACGUUGUCGUUUUAAAGUUUUUAAAGAUAAAUUACCAUAUUUGGUUAAAGUUAGAAAUGAAGUUUUAAUAAGUCAAUUAUUAUGUCGUGAAGAUGAUGAUCAUCAUUUUCCUUGUGAUUUAGAUAUUUGGUAUCUUGGUGAUAUUGCAACUUUACCUUCAAUGAGAGGUAAAGGUUUAGGUAAAAUUUUAAUGAAUUAUGCAAGAGAUCAAUUUUUAUUGGAAAAUGAAAAAUCUUAUAUGUAUUUAGAAAGUUCAAAUCCAAUGAAUAGAAAUUUUUAUUUGAAAAUGGGUUAUACUUUAAUGAAAAGUUAUUCGAUUAGGGAUAAUAAAUAUGUUGAUCUGGAAAAAGUAUUACGACUAGAUCCUAAAAAUAAAGCUGUUAAUAUGGAUGCAAUGUUAUAUUAUCCUGAUUUAAAAUAA